GCCAUUCGCACCGACUAGUCUCCUUUGCGGACUCAUGGAUCAUAAAUAAAAUUAAAUGGCUGUCCAUAUUUGAUGACUCCGUAUUCCUCUUAUUCAGAUAAUCACAUUUGUAUAAGUGCCCCGCCGUAGGUGCAUACAGCUUUCAGAAAAUUCCAACCAUGGCUGAAGCAAAAAGAAACCAGAAACACAUAGCUGUAUUGACAUUUCCCUUCACAUCCCAUGUCCCUCCUCUUAUUUCUCUCAUUCGAAAGCUAUCGCUGGCCGCACCCGAAGUGAAGUUCUCUUUCUUAAGCACCGCUCAAGUUAAUGCCUCGUAUUUUUCGAACGAAGCUGUGUUUGACAAGAUAAAACCCUUCAAUGUCGACUCAGGAUUACCGGAAGGUUACGUGCGCAAAGGUGAGGGCCCCCCGAAAGAAGAAGUGGAGUUUUUUCUUAAGGCAACUCCUGGGAAUUUUCAGAGGGCUAUUCAGACGGCUGUUGCUGAAACGGGGUUGCAGAUUUCCUGCUUAAUCACUGAAGCUUUUCUUUGGUUCGCUGCCGAGAUGGCCAAAGAAAUGCAGGUCCCCUGGAUACCCUUUUGGAUAUGCGGGCCUCAAUCACUACUUGUUCAUUUUGAGACGGAUAAUCUAAGGCAAAAGUUGGGAAUCAAUGGACCUGAAGAUCGAACUCUUGAAAUACUUCCAGGGCUGUCCAAAAUACGAGCUAAAGAUAUUCCGGAUGGCAUAAUCUCUGGCGCAAUCGAUUCACCCUUCGCGAUAAUGAUGCAAAAAAUGGCACAAAUGUUGCCACGUGCAACUGCUGUGGUUACAAACUCAUUCGAAGAAUUUGACCCUAUUGUCGUUAACGCACUCAAGUCAAGACUGCCCAACUUUCUCAACGUUGGCCCCUUCAUCUUAACAUCUCCACCAUCUGAAAUUUCUGAUCCACACGGUUGCCUGGAAUGGCUGAACGGCCAUGAAAGAUUCUCCGUUGCCUACAUUGGCUUCGGUAAUGCUGCGAAGCCGCCACCACAUGAAAUAAAAGCAUUGGCUGAAGCACUAGAGGCGAGCAGGACUCCUUUUCUUUGGUCACUUAGAGGCAAACCUGAAUACCAAUUGCCAGAGGGCUUUUUAGAAAGAACUAAAGACUACCGAAAAAUAGUGCCAUGGGCUCCCCAGGUGCAAGUUCUGGCACAUUCUUCGGUUGGUGUUUUUGUGACUCAUUAUGGAUGGAACUCUGUGAUGGAGAGUGUUAAUGGCAUCGUGCCGAUGAUCGGCAGGCCUUUUUUUGGCGAUCAAGGACUAAACUUGAAGAUGGUUGAGGCAGUAUGGGGAAUUGGGUUGGAGGUUGAGGGAGGGAAAUUCACCAAAGAUGGAACGAUCAAAGCCCUGAGAGCAAUCUUGUCUACCGAACAAGGGAAGAUAAUGAGAGGAAAAAUUAGCGUGCUUAAACAACUUGCGGUCAAGGCCGUAGGACCUGAAGGUAGCUCUACUGCAAAUUUCGGAGCUCUUGUUCAGAUUAUCUCGUCCUAGAAUUAGUAUUUGAAAUGUUUUAACUUUAAUUUAUGCAACAAGCAUAAAUAAAUGAAUAACAUUUGUUUUAAUUUAUAUUAA